GUCGUUACGUAUCAGCCGAAAAGCUACGACGAGCAGCGCGCGGGAAUCCCGGGAAAAGGCGCAACAAGAAGCUCUAUAUCAGCAGCAACGCAGACGACGGGUGCACUGUGAAGGGUUAAAAAUACACGCAUAUUCGACGGUCCUAAUUCAAUGACCGGCCGGCGUACGGCGAUUUACAUGAACGGCGGUCGACGGAGGAGGCGAGGACAGUCGGUGCAUUGAGCAGCUCGCGGUGGAACGCGCGCGUAGAGAGCGGUUGUGUGCCGGCUGUUUGCCGAUUCGUUGACUCGCCGGCACACUCGGUCGACUCGGGUCGAAGGCUGCCGCUCUCUCAGUCUGUCUCGCGACCGCGUGCAAGGGGGAUGUUGUUCUCUGCUCUUCCUUCCGUGAUACUGACUCGAAGAUCAUUUUACCACACUGAUCAUUGCGUUUCACACAUGACGGAUAAAUCGAUGCCGCGCGCGAUGUGACGUGUGUAGGACGGAUAUCGUUGGACACCAUAAAACCGUAUCGGUAUUGAGGGAGAUUCUGUGGCUUCCUGUGCUCGUCGCUGGACCCAGUGACAACCGGGAGAGAAGGAUCGUUGGUUCUGUGUGAAAAGUCGCGGGUAUUUGAUGCGAGGAGAUGGGCAGCGAGGCGGACGCAGAGAGCACGGCUGCCAACGCCGUGGAUUCGGAUGGAUCCGUUAGUUGGGAGGAGUUUUUCGGAACAAGUACGGACCUGGUGCCUCAGCUUCUAGGCAUGUUUGACGAGCUUGCACGACGGACCAAUGGCUACAGUGACCACACGGUGCUCCAAUCCACCUGCAACAUACCGGCGGUACUGCAGAAACGUCUGAGCUUGGUAUCCCAUCGGGGCUCCAUUUUCGGUCAGUUCUGUCCUGAGUUGUCCAAAUCUCAGCCAGAGGACGCCAUGUCCGACGAUCAACCGUUACCAGAGAGCAACGUGAACAUAGUCGUGGACGAUGAUGUUACACCUGAGAAAGACGACAUGUUCGAGACGCUGAGCACAAGCCAGCAGGAGGAUCGAAGUGAAUGCACGUUGAACGAGAAACCUUAUAGACGCGGAAGCAACGGGCUCACGCCGCUUAGGUACAACAUACGAUGCAGAAAUACUGGGAGACCGUUGUCUGGAAGCUCAGUGGCGUCCAGCACCUCCUCCAGCGGGUGCAGCAACCAAGGGAACGCAUGCACCAUCAAUCCUUAUUUGGCAUCGGUCGAGUCGCUCGCAGAUACUUGCGCCAGCUCUCAAGGUUCCGGAGACAGUGGAGUGGUGACAGUGUCAGAAACGAAUUGUCGAAUAGGGAACGAUGGCAGUGGACAGAGAAGGAACAGUAGAGAGGAACCAUUGUUCCACAGGCCACGUUACUGCGAUCCUCACAGAAAUCCCAUGGAAAGGGUACUCCUUGAAAUAGUUGACACUGAAGCAAUAUACGUCGAACAUCUGAGACAAGUUAUCCAGGGUUACCUUAUAUAUUGGAGAAACGAUCCGGCAUCGUUUGCGCAUCAAAUGCAGCUGAGUGAUUUAUUUAGCAAUAUUGAGGAUAUUUUCGAGUUCAACAGAGAGUUCUUGAAAGAGAUAGAGAAAUGUGGUCUGGACCCGGUUUGCGUGGCGAACACGUUCAUCAAGCACAACUCAGGAUUCAAAGUAUACACAGAGUAUUGUACCAAUUAUCCAAGGACAGUUUCCGUUCUUACCGACCUAAUGAGUCACGAAGAGACUGCGAACGCGUUUAGAGAGAGACAAGCAGCUUUGGGGCAUGCGUUACCCCUUGGAUCCUUCCUUCUGAAGCCUGUUCAGAGGAUCCUGAAGUACCAUUUACUUCUGGAGAACUUGUCAAAAGAGUAUGGAGCAGAUUGUGAGUUAAGAGAAAACGAGACUGAGGGUAGGAAGGCAAUCGAGGCGGCACUGGCCGCCAUGACAGGUAUCGCUAAGCACAUUAACGCGAUGAAACGAAGACACGAGCACGCGGUGCGUGUUCAAGUGAUUCAGUCCCUCCUGUACGGGUGGCCUGGACCAGAUUUAACCACCAGUGGUGAGUUGGUGGCAGAAGGAAGCUUUAGAAUGCGGGGGGCGAAAGCUCCUAGGCAUGCCUUCCUGUUCGACCGCAUGCUUCUGCUCACCAAGAAGAAAGAAGAUGGACUUUUAGUUUACAAAGCUCACAUCAUGUGUUCAAAUCUGAUGCUCAUUGAGAGUAUACCGGGUGAACCACUCAGUUUUCAUGUGAUUCCUUUUGACAAUCCUAGACUACAGUAUACUUUACAGGCACGAAACUUGGAACAAAAGAGAGAAUGGACUUUGCAGAUAAAGAGGGUGAUUCUUGAAAAUUAUAACGCAGUUAUUCCUUCUCACGCAAGGCAAUUAGUCUUGCAGCUUGGCCAGACGCAACCAGAAGAUGAUGCUUUGGCAGACAGAGGAUCAGUGAAGAAACAGCAUUCAGCACCGCCGGAGUACUUGGAAAAACGGAAACAAGAGAGGGAGAGACGGAGGUCUGAAACUGGGCUUAGACAGAAGUUCAAGAAAGGUGGCAGAAAGUCUGAGACUACAAUUGAGGAUUCUCCAGCAUCGCCACGAAAAAAUCAGAGUGAGGAUUCCAGCAUCAAUCUUUCCAGGGAGCAAGGAUUUAGAGCUUCAGAUGGGCGCGGGUCGAAAGUCAAGGAUCGCUUCACUGGUUGGAGGAGGAAAUCAGAACCAGGUUUCCAAUCUUACGUGUGUCUCGACCAAUCCGACGAAGAGCAAAAGGAAGAUACAGGUGACACAGGUUCAGCUACGGUCGAAACCGAGUGUGCCAUCAUUGAGAAUGACAAGCGCGCGAACUCUCCACCGCCAGAAACCAAAGAGAACAAGGAACAGCAGACUCAGGCUCAAACCGUUGAAGAAAUAGUCGGCCACAUCCUGAUGCAGAACCAGGAAUUCCAGAAACUCCUCGAGAAACAACGAACGAACAGUACAGUGAACGUGAGGCAGCAGCAACGUUUCAAUAAACGCAUCUCUGCUGACACGUCUGACGACAGCGACUCGGAGAACACGAAUUACAUCGCUGAUAACUCGGUGAACAAUAGGGUACCGCGUAUCAGGACGUGCUACCGCGAACGAUUCGUUAAAACGAAUAAUACUUGGAAUUCGUUGUCUUCUUCUCGUGACCAUCAACCCACUUUACAACUACUGUACGACAAUUUAAAUAAAACAGAGAGCAAUAAAUCAGCGGAGGCAAAGAAUAACAAGGUUAACCAAGUCCAGGAGAAGAAGGCAUUGUUCGAGACAUUUAAGAGACAAAGUAUUGUGACUGAGAGCAAGGUUAUCAAGACUGCGCUUAGGAUAAGGGAGAACUCAACUUCCAGGAGCGAGGAACCUGUUGCUCAAUCUCCAGUUCCGAAGGAAACUGAGAUUCAGGUUAUAGAGAGUGACAAGGGGGCGACCACUGUAAAUGGUGAAUAUACAAAUGAAGGUAACCGGGAAGUUACAGAGUCUAAUAAGGGCUUUGGGAAUUAUGAUAACUUACAGCAUGUCUGGGAAGGUCUACAAGAGGAGAAAGACUUGGAUGGGAAUGACAGUCCAACUCGUCCAGCCGUCUGGUUAACAAAGCUGUGUGAAGGAUUGCCAACUUCGCCUCAGAAGUGUGGUUCUCUUCCACGCAGCUUCCAAAUUCAUCCUAACUCCACUCAGAAUGUAACCAAGUCGCGGUUUCUACAGAGAGACGGUAAACCUAUGAGUGAAAGACCAUUUACAAUAGCUUCAGACAAACCGGCAGAGAUUAACCUGGAGGACAUGGAGAGAUACGCGUCAACGUGUCAACCAGAAGGAAGAAUCGCUAAGUUCCCGACUUCCGUUUCGAAUUCCACUUCAACGUUCUUCUGUUCUUUGGAUGACACGUUGACGGACGCUUAUUCAGAAAUCCACAUGUCAUCCACGACCACUAAUAUACAUCCUGAUCACAAGAUCUACAGAGCAAACACUAGUGGAAGUACUAUAUUCAAAAACGUCCUCUCCAAGGCUGGUAAUCGUCUGCAAGGUUUAAGGAACACCAUGAGCACAGAAACUUUAGAGUGUAGUGAAGAAUUGGAGAGGACCAAGUACUUCCGUUCGUUGAGUACAGGUAAGUUGAAAAAGAAGGGUAAGAUGAAACACUCAAGGGAAUCUUCCUCAGACGUAGAGGAGCUUGUUGGAUGCACAGCCAGAGGUGGUUCAGACCUGAGAAUCCCUUCAUUGUAUUACAAGCAAGGAAGUUCCAGUUUGGGUGCUCGAAUUGCGCAGUCUGACUAUGCAGAUCCCACAGUAUUGUUCUUUGAGAGCAAACGACUAGCGAGUAGACAGUCUCAAACUAAGGAAGAAAAGAUAGAAGACGAAGAGGGCGUAGAAAAUCGAGAAAGUGAAACGGACAGUUUCUACGAAAAGUCGUUUGAGACAAUUGAGAACUACGUGGACGCAGAUGUGGAUGAUGCUUUCCGGGAUAGUGCAAUAUUUAGCGACAUAGAGGAGGUUCUGGUAGCCAGGCCGCUUUCAAGUCAACCUUGUGAGGACUAUGCACCCUUAAAGAGCAAGGUGGCACCACCAGUGCCUGCGAAGAAGAGAACAGAGUCCAUUACAUCUGUGAAUUCCCAAGGGUACACCACUGUAACUACAAAAUAUAAACCGAACGUGGCUCAAAAACCUGACUAUUUGAAGGUUAAGUCAGUGUUCCUAAAGGAACAACAAGAAUUUGACUGUAAAGUGAAGUUCCCUGUAUCUGAGAAUGGAAUGUAUCAGUGUUCUAAAAACAGUUUACAGAGUGGUUACGUGCAGAACAGUAACGAGGAGAAGGAUGAUGUGUCGGCGGGACAAAGCCAAGCUGGCUGGGUGAGGAAAAUCGUGGGUCAGCUGCAGGGCCACAUUGAAACGUAAUUUAUGCCAAUGAAAGUGUACAAAUCUCGUGGCUGGAGCCUUGAACACGGGAAUUUCAGGUAAAUAACCAGUUUAUGCGGCAUUGAUGACUACAUGGAGAACAGUGACGAACGACGUGCGUGUUUGUUACGUGUAUGUUCACCGAUAAUACCGCCAAUUUCAAUCGUAUGCACUUUUAAAGCAGGAUAAUUAACAAUUCUCUUACCAACAUCGACCACUGCUUCUCAGUACAGUCACAUUUUACUUUACACGCAGUCAAAGGGAAUCACAAGUCACUUGCGACACAUU